AUGUAUAUAUGUGUAUGUGGAAAAAGUGAUAUUAGAGACAAACAUCCAGAUGUGGAAAAAGUGAUAUUAGAGAAACAUCCGGAUGGAGACAAAUAUCCGGAUGUGGGAAAAGUGAUAUUAGAGAAAACUCCACAAAAUGAUACUUUGACUUGUCCUAUGAUUCAAAAGGAUAUUGGCAAUGCUUGUGCGAAAGAAACAUUGAAAGUUAUAAUUGAGGACUUGAAUGGAGAUUACUUUGGGAUAUUAGUUGAUGAAUCCAAAGACAUCUCACACAAAGAACAAAUGGCUCUUGUUUUAAGAAAGAAAUCUAUUCCAUCCAAAAUACGUGAACAAGGUUAUGAUGGAGCUAGUAAUAUGAAACGAGAGAUAAAUGGUUUCAAAACUUUAAUUAUGAAAGAUAGUCCUUCGGCAUAUUAUAUUCAUUGUUUUGCACAUCAAUUGCAACUAACACUUGUUGCUAUUGCUAAAAAACAUUUGAAAGUUGAAGACUUUUUUGAUCAUGUUACUAAUGUGUUGAAUGUUGUUGGGGGAUCUUUUAAGCGUAAAGAUUUACUUCGUCAUCACCAAGCCGAAAAUUUGAACUUGAAUCCUGUCAAUUCUUUCUCUAACUUUGACAAAGAUAGAAUCAUGACUUUAGCGAAGUGUUAUCCAAAUGAGUUAGAUGAUGAAAAUCUUCGAGAUUUGAGUUACCAACUUGAUACUUUCAUAAUUCAUAUGCGAGAUGGUAAUUUCAAAUUCUCCAACUUGCAAAGAAUUCUUGACUUGGCAAAGACAUUAGUUGAGGCAAAUCUUGUGGAGACUUAUUCACUUGUUUAUUUACUUAUGAAGUUGGCUCUAAUUUUACCCGUUUCUACGAGUGUGCUUGCAAAUGUAAGUAAUGAUGUCAUCGUUGAUCGUUUUCAGAAUAUGAAAACUCGUCGUGGACAAUUAUAA